CAGUAGUCUUUUUGCUUUCCAACAUAAAUUUAUUGUUGUUAUUCAAACAUUGAGUAAUAUUCCUGUUCCUAGAGUUAAAUACGAAGGACCUUCUUUUACACAAUACGGUUCAGCAUCGAAUACAGAAAAGGAGUUGAUCCCCAGCUCGUUCUUCUAAUGAGUCGUAAUCAGAACGAAAGCCACCCCCUUGAGGUCAAUGAAGAUCUGCCUUUUGCUCUUGCUCUGCCCCCCGAAGUUUCAAUGGAUUCGUUGCAGCCAAACGCGGGCAACAAUAGUCGCGAGGACAAGCUUCUCGGUAUUGGCCUCAACACCCUUCUAAAGGUGCGCACAAAAUCUUUGGCACCCAUUGUGAGCGACGAUGCCCUGAACACCCUAAAUGAGCUCCGCGAGGAGAAUCUUCUGUGUGACGCCCAGAUAUCUGUGGGGGGGGAUGUUUUCAACGUACACCGUGCAAUAAUGUGUUCAUGUAGCUCAUACUUUCGAGCUCAAUUUACAGGGUUUAACGCCGACAGUCACGGAUAUGUAGAUGAGUCAGAUGCGAAAAAAAAAGUUAACGUUAUUCAUAUCCCCGGCGUGAGUUCAUGUAUAAUGAACUGUGUAAUACAGUAUGCUUACCUGCGUCAAACAAUCAUCUCCGAGAGCAAUGUUCAUGAGUUACUGAUCUGUGCGGACUACGUUGGCAUGGUUGGUUUAGUGAAGCAAUGUAAAGACUACCUUGGUCGCAUACUUACCCCGGAAAAUUGUGUCAGUAUUAUGGGUUUCGCACAGUUCCGAUUUUUGGAGGACCUUCACCUGAAAGCCAGGAACUACACACUGAGGUACUUUACUGAAGUGGCAAAUCGUAAUAUUGACAUAUUGGAUAUGUCAGUUGAUGACUUUUACAGUAUUAUUAGCGAUGAUGAGUUAAAUACGCGAGAAGAGGACCACGUAUGGAAAUUAUGUGUUAAAUGGAUCGACCGUAAUCCAGAAAGUCGCAAGCGGAAUGUUGCCCAUCUUAUGACUGGUGUACGACUGGGCCUUAUGACUCCAAAGUGCUUCAUGGAAGAGGUUAAGGAACACCCGUACGUCUUGCAAUGUGAAGCCGCUAAGCCGCUUAUUGUUGACACCUUUAAAUUUAUGUACGACCUGGACUUUUUGAAUCCUCAGGCAGACGAGCUUACCACUCCACCAUUGGCAAUGCCAAGGCUACCGCAUGAAGUGAUCUUCGCGAUUGGCGGCUGGAGCGGUGGUACAUCAAAAGGAUGCAUCGAAACUUAUGACACGAGGGCCGAUAGAUGGGUAACCAUUAACGCAGAAGAUCCUGCUGGUCCCCGUGCCUAUCAUGGAACCGCAGUGCUGGGUUUUAAAAUAUUCUCGAUUGGCGGAUAUGAUGGCGUAGAGUAUUUCAACACAUGCCGCGUUUUUGAUGCUGUAAAAAAAAAAUGGAACGAAAUCGCGCCGAUGCAUUGCAGGCGCUGCUACGUCAGUGUAACAGAGUUAAAUGGCAUGAUAUAUGCAAUCGGCGGCUACGACGGUCAUAACCGCCUGAACACCGUUGAGCGGUAUAAUCCUAGGACCAACCAAUGGUCCGUUAUCCCACCAAUGAACAUGCAACGUUCUGAUGCCAGCGCCUGCACUUUGCAAGAACGCAUCUAUGCCACAGGGGGAUUCAACGGCCAAGAGUGCCUGGACAGCGCGGAGUAUUAUGAUCCCAUAACCAACUCUUGGACUAGAAUACCUAACAUGAAUCAUCGUCGGUCUGGAGUGAGCUGCGUGGCUUUUAGGAACCAGCUAUACGUUAUCGGCGGCUUUAACGGUACAGCGCGUCUAUCUACCGGAGAACGCUUUGAUCCGGACACGCAGACUUGGCAUUUUAUCCGUGAAAUGAACCACUCGCGCAGCAACUUUGGACUUGAGAUUAUCGACGAUAUGAUCUUCGCUAUCGGCGGCUUUAAUGGAGUCUCCACGAUCUCUCAUACGGAAUGCUACGUAGCAGAAACAGAUGAAUGGAUGGAAGCCACAGAUAUGAACAUUGUUCGCUCCGCCUUGUCCGCAAAUAACAUAGCUGGGCUCCCAAACAAACGAGACUACAUACACAAAGAGCGGGAUCGUCUAAUGGAAGAGCGACGUCAGCGUCUUAUGGCAACCGCCAUGGCUCGGGAGAAUAUUGCACAUGGCAAUGCCACGCAGAUGUUAGUGGAAAACAAUGACAGAGUCAUGGAUAACUACGAAAGUCCUGAUGAAGAAGACGAGGCUGAUGAGCAACAGCAAACAUCACUACCAAGGCGGAUUAUUCCACCCUAUGUAGGGCAGCAAAACGCUGCUGAAACGGCACCAGUUCAACCUCAAUUGGUGUUUGCUGAUCAACUAAAUAGAGUAAUGGAGGAUAGGGCUCUGGACAACAAUAGGCGUAUUCAUGUGCAAAUGCGUAACCAACGCCAUGGCUCCCAUCAUGAAAUUCGUCGUCGUACAUAGGAGUUGGCGUCGACAUGUUGUUCGGAUGCGAAAAAAUAAAUGUUCUUAAUAAGAGUGCAGAUGAUGCGUUAGCGUGUGGCAAGAUUUCUUUAGCUUUAAAUAUGUAGCCCACGUCCGUUAGGCUCAUAUUUCGAAACUAUUACACAAAGAGAAUUACAAGGGUCAGAAAGCGUAUGUCCAUAUACCAAAUUAAGAAUAUAAGACUCGGCAUUUUUAAUUUAAAAUUGAAUUAACAAGAAAUUAGACAACCUAAUUAAUAUCUGUAGUUUACAUCAAAAUUUAAUGCAAUAUCUAAAAUAAAGCACUACUAAUUAGCAGGAAU